AUGCAAAGCGCCGGGCCUGCCGCGCCGGGCCUGCCGCGGGAACGUGAAGAGGCUCACCCUCCUGAAUUGAAAAAAUUUAUGGACAAGAAGUUGCCAUUAAAAUUAAAUGGUCUCAGACAUGUCCAAGGAAUAUUGCGGGGAUUUGAUCCAUUUAUGAAUCUUGUGAUAGAUGAAUGUGUGAAGAUGGCAACUAGUGGGCAACAACAAUAUUGGAAUGGUGCCGGGAACAACCCACUUUCAAAAGGGCAGCAGACAGGAGUUGGCCUCACGAGUUUAAUGCUUGACUUCUUAUUGGCCCAAAGUGGCGUCACUCAAACAGGCGUGACUUUAAUUAUGACGUCAACGGCGGGGGAUGGUCAGGGGCCCAAGGGGAGGCGGGAACGGAAGUGGGGCUGCAGUUGUGGCCCGACGGUGUCAACCUGGGGUUGCUUGCGGAGAGGGCGGCUGGGUCCCCCCACCACGGGGGGAAAAAAAAGGCAGCGCACCAAGGGGAACCUGCGGCCUUCCAACAGUGGCCGAGCUGCAGAACUCCUUGCUAAAGAACAGGGAACGGUGCCUGGAUUUAUUGGUUUUGGAACAUCUCACAGUGACCUAGGUUAUGUACCUGCUAUUCAAGGAGCUGAAGAAAUAGACAGUCUUGUAGAUUCUGAUUUCCGAAUGGUGCUGCGAAAACUUUCCAAGAAAGAUGUUACAACAAAAUUAAAAGCUAUGCAGGAAUUUGGAACCAUGUGUACAGAGAGAGACACAGAAAUUGUAAAAGGAGUUCUUCCAUACUGGCCAAGAAUAUUCUGCAAAAUUUCACUUGAUCAUGACCGCCGAGUUCGAGAAGCUACACAACAAGCUUUUGAAAAACUUAUCCUUAAAGUAAAGAAACAUUUGGCCCCCUAUUUAAAAAGUUUAAUGGGAUACUGGCUGAUGGCUCAGUGUGACACUUACACACCAGCUGCUUGUGCAGCGAAAGAUGCAUUUGAAGCGGCUUUCCCUCCAAGCAAGCAACCGGAAGCUAUAGCGUUUUGUAAGGAUGAGAUUACAAGUGUGCUACAAGAUCAUCUUAUAAAAGAAACACCUGAUACACUCAGUGACCCACAAACUGUUCCAGGAGAAGAAAGAGAAGCUAAAUUCUAUCGGGUUGUAACUUGUUCCUUAUUGGCAUUGAAGAAAUUGCUUUGCCUCUUACCUGAAAAUGAGCUUGAUUCUUUGGAGGAGAAGUUUAAGUCUCUUCUAUCACAUAAUAAGUUUUGGAAGUAUGGAAAACACAGUGUACCUCAGAUCCGCUCAGCUUAUUUUGAGUUCAUUUCUGCUUUGUGCCAGCGCAUUCCACAACUGAUGAAAGAGGAGGCAUCCAAAGUGAGCCCGUCAGUCCUGCUUAGCAUUGAUGAUAGUGAUCCUGUUGUUUGCCCUGCUCUCUGGGAAGCUGUGCUCUAUACACUUACAACUGUUGAGGACUGUUGGCUUCAUGUAAAUGCAAAAAAAAGUGUGUUUCCCAAGCUGUCGACUGUGGUUCGUGAAGGUGGUCGGGGUCUAGCUACUGUCAUAUAUCCUUAUCUUCUGCCUUUUAUCAGCAAACUCCCUCAGUCCAUUACAGAUCCGAAGUCAGAUUUCUUCAAAACUUUCCUCAACUCUCUAGUUGCAGGGCUGUCAACGGAGAGAAUCAAAACCAGCUUUUCAGAGUGCUCAGCAGUAAUAUCUGCUUUUUUUGAAUGCUUCCGUUUUAUAAUGCAACAAAACUUAGGUGAGGAAGAGAUUGAACAGAUGCUCGUCAAUGAUCAGUUGAUCCCUUUAAUUGAUACAGUUCUCGAAGAGCCAAGAUUGCAACAUGGGCAGCUAUUUAACCAUUUAGCAGAAACUCUAAGUUCCUGGGAAGCCAAAGCAGACAUGGAAAAAGAUGAUAAAACAGCACACAACUUGGAGAAUGUACUGCUAAAUUUCUGGGAAAAGCUGUCAGAAAUCUGUGUUAAGAAAAUCAAUGAGCCAGAAGCAGAUGUUAAGUCUGUUUUGGGUGUAUCUAAUCUAUUACAGGUUCUUCAGAAGUCAAAUAAAAAAAAAAAUGGGAAGGUUAGAUUUGCUGAUGAGAUACCAGGAAAUAAUAUAAAGAGCGAGAAAUGUGGAUCCUCGGAGGGGGAGAACAGUGAAAACUCUGAAUUAAUGACUGAAUCUUUCACUCAUAAUUCUUCAAACCUGUUAUCUCCUCUAAGGAAAAAGCCUUUGGAAGACUUAGUCUGUAAACUUGCAGAGAUGAGUUUUAAUUAUGUCAGUGAACAAAAGUCAGAGCAGCAUCUAAGGUUUCUUUCUACUCUGCUUGACUCCUUCUCUUCAAGCCAUGUCUUUAAGAUGCUCCUUGGUGAUGAAAAACACAGUACUAUUAAAGCCAAAUCUCCUGAAAUAGCCAAACUUGCACAAAAAAAUCCUGCAGUGCAGUUUUUGUACCGGAAACUAAUAGGCUGGCUAAAUGAAGAUCAAAGGAAGGAUGCUGGUUUCCUGGUAGACAUUUUAUACAGUGCCCUCCGUUGCUGUGACAGCGAUGUGGAAAGAAAAGAUGUAUUGGAUGAUCUAACCAAGGUGGACCUGAAAUGUAACUCACUUCUUCAGGUUAUUGAAAAGGCAUGUUCUAGUUCAGAUAAACAUACUUUAGUGACUCCUUGGCUAAAAGGCGAUAUCCUUGGCGAGAAAUUAGUAACCUGGGCACGUUGUCUUUGUAAUAAGGAUUCAGAAUUGACAGUAUCUUCAGAAUCUUACUUCUCAGAAAAAUGGACUCUUCUAAGCUUGGUAUUAUCCCAACAUGUUAAAAAUGAUUACUUGAUUGGAGAAGUAUAUGUUGAAAGAAUUAUUGUUACACUUCAUGAACCUUUAUUGAAAAUAGAGGAGUUGUCAGAAGCUGAAAAUAGUAACUCAUCGGUGUCUUACGUCUGUGAUGUGGCCUAUAGCUAUUUCAGUUCAGCGAAUGGAUGUUCGCUCAUGCCUUCAUCGGAAGAUUUAUUAUUAACUCUCUUUCAGUUAUGUGCUAAGAGCAAAGAAAAAACACAUUUGCCAGAUUUUCUUAUCUGUAAGCUGAAAAAUACUUGGCUCUCUGGUGUGAAUUUAUUGGUCCAUCAAACUGCCAAUACAUAUAAACAGAGUACCUUCUUACGUUUGUCUGCUCUGUGGCUGAAGAACCAAGUUCAGUCUUCUUCUUUGGACAUCAAAAGUCUUCAGGUCCUCUUAUCUGCUGUUGGUGAUUUACUAAACGCACUUCUAGAGAGUGAAGACACUUGUCUUAUGGGAGUUUAUAUUGAAAGUGUAAUGCCAAACAACAGCGAAUGGGAAAAGAUGAGACAGUCUCUUCCUAUUCAGUGGUUAUAUCGACCUCUUUUAGAGGGAAGAUUGAGUUUGAAUUACGAGUGUUUCAAAACAGAUUUUAAAGAACAAGAUACAAAGAUACUUCCCAGCCAUUUGUGUACUUCAGCAUUACUGAGCAAAAUGAUCUUAGUUGCACUGAAAAAGGAAAUAGUCCUAGAAAAUAAUGAGCUUGAGAAAAUAAUUGCAGAACUGCUCUAUUCCCUGCAGUGGUGUGAAGAAUUAGACAAUCCACCUAUUUUUCUAACUGGAUUUUGUGAAAUGCUUCAGAAAAUGAAUAUCACAUAUGAUAAUUUAUGUGUACUGCUUGGUAGUACUUCUGGACUUCUGCAGCUGUUAUUUGAUAGAUCCAGGCAAAAUGGCACACUUUGGUCUCUUAUUAUUGCUAAGUUGAUCCUUUCCCGAAGCAUUUCAUCUGAUGAAGUAAAACCACAUUAUAAGAGAAAAGAAAGUUUUUUCCCACUAACAGAAGGUAAUUUACAUACUAUUCAAAGUCUGUGUCCGUUUCUGUCAAAAGAAGAAAAGAAAGAAUUCAGUGCUCAGUGUAUACCUGCUCUUUUGGGCUGGACAAAGGAAGAUCUUUGCAGUACUGAUGGAGGUUUUGGACAUCUUGCGAUUUUCAAUUCUUGUCUGCAGACCAAAAGCAUAGAUGAUGGCGAGCUGUUACAUGGUAUAUUAAAAAUUAUAAUGUCCUGGAAGAAAGAACAUGAAGAUAUUUUUCUUUUCAGUUGUAAUCUGUCAGAAGCAAGUCCAGAAGUACUGGGUGUAAAUAUAGAAAUAAUCCGUUUCCUCUCCUUAUUUCUGAAACACUGCUCAUCUCCUUUGGCAGAGAGUGAAUGGGACUUCCUCAUGUGCUCCAUGUUGGCUUGGUUGGAGACAACAAAUGAGAAUCAGGCACUGUAUUCUGUUCCACUCGUACAACUGUUUGCCUGUGUCAGCUGUGACUUGGCCUGUGAUCUCAGUGCCUUUUUCGAUUCUGCAGCUCUGAAUACCAUUGACAAUCUUCCUGUAAAUCUAAUCAGUGAAUGGAAAGAAUUUUUUUCCCAAGGCAUCCACAGUUUGCUUUUACCUCUUUUGGUGACUGUUACAGGGGAAAACAAAGAUAUGUCUGAGACCUCCUUUCAGAAUGCAAUGCUGAAGCCCAUGUGUGAAACAUUAACAUAUAUCUCAAAGGAUCAGCUAUUGGGUCACAAACUUCCUGCAAGAUUGGUUGCUGGCCAAAAAACAAACUUGCCACAACAUCUUCAGACCUUGUUAAAUACGCUGGCCCCAUUACUCCUCUUCAGAGCUAGGCCUGUGCAAAUUGCUGUUUAUCAUAUGUUAUACAAAUUGAUGCCUGAAUUACCACAAUAUGAUCAGGAUAAUCUAAAGUCAUAUGGAGAUGAAGAAGAAGAACCAGCCUUGUCACCGCCAGCAGUGCUGAUGUCUCUUCUUAGUACUCAAGAAGACUUACUAGAAAAUGUUUUGGGAUGUAUUCCUGUUGGACAGAUAGUUACUAUUAAGCCACUGAGUGAAGACUUCUGUUAUGUUUUGGGAUAUCUCCUUACUUGGAAAUUAAUACUUACUUUUUUCAAAGCUGCUUCAUCUCAGCUCCGGGCUCUAUAUUCUAUGUAUCUUCGGAAAACAAAGAGUUUGAAUAAAUUGCUCUAUCACCUGUUUAGGCUUAUGCCGGAAAAUCCAACCUACUCAGAGACAGCUAUUGAGCUUUCUAAUAAGGACCCUAAAACAUUUUUUACUGAGGAGCUACAGCUGAGUAUUAGAGAAACAGCAACUCUUCCUUACCAUAUUCCACACUUGGCUUGUUCAGUCUAUCAUAUGACAUUGAAAGACUUGCCUGCCAUGGUUAGGCUGUGGUGGAAUAGCAGUGAAAAGCGUGUUUUCAAUAUUGUAGAUAGAUUUACAAGCAAAUAUGUCAGCAAUGUUCUUUCUUUUCAAGAAAUAUCUUCAGUACAGACAAGUACACAACUAUUUAAUGGCAUGACGGUUAAAGCUCGAGCUACUACCCGUGAAGUAAUGGCCACUUACUCUAUUGAGGACAUUGUCAUCGAACUUAUAAUACAGCUGCCUUCAAAUUACCCACUGGGGUCAAUAACAGUGGAAAGUGGGAAAAGAGUUGGAGUGGCUGUUCAGCAAUGGCGGAACUGGAUGCUGCAGUUAAGCACUUACCUCACCCAUCAAAAUGGAAGUAUUAUGGAAGGCUUAGCAUUGUGGAAAAAUAACGUAGACAAACGUUUUGAGGGUGUUGAAGAUUGCAUGAUCUGUUUCUCAGUCAUUCAUGGUUUCAACUAUUCUCUUCCCAAAAAAGCCUGUAGAACAUGCAAGAAAAAGUUCCAUUCUGCCUGCUUGUACAAAUGGUUUACAUCUAGCAACAAAUCCACUUGUCCACUUUGUCGUGAGACCUUCUUUUGAAAUUUUUUCAUUGGAAGUGAAUCUGGAAGUAAAUCAAGCAGAGGGAUUGGAUUUGGAUCCAUCUUAAAAUGCUGAUAUGAGAAAGCCAGUGAGCAUUACUUUUAAAUAGGACCUUCUCUGAAAAAUUAUUUUGAUUAAUGUAAUGAUCUUAAAAUCAGAUUUACUUAUCUUUAGAUUGCUUUGUAAAUGUUUGGAAAUCUUUUCUUUUACAAAAUAAUAUUACACAUUUGAGAAAAACUAUUUAUAUUAAUGAUUUAAUCUCUUUGUAUACUUAAAAAUAAAUAUGAAAAAUCCCUAAAAUAUAGAAUUGGAAUUUGUGAAAAUAUUAUACCACUAUAUUAUACUGAUAAACCCAUUCAGUUUGUUGAUAUGUAUUCUAGAACAAUCCAUCUGAGGCAAAAUGAAUUGAAAGAGCUGAUUUAUUGCAACAAAUAUUUUACGACUUACUUAUUUUAACAAAGUAGGAUUAUAGUAUUCAUAGAUUAUUUUAAAGAUAAAAUGACAUUAAGCUAUCAAUAUGGCUUAUCUUAAGCUAGACAAAGCAUGCUCCAAAACCCUGUAAGUAUAAACUGAACUUUAAGGUGCCUCCAUUACCAGGGGUUAUGAAAUUCAGAAAAUUAAGUUUAUGACACUGACCUUUUGCUUGUGAAAGAGUUAUUUCCAUGUAUUAGUGAUAUUUGAUUUGUAAACCUGUCAGUGAAUUUUUUAUUCCGUUUGAGUAAGUCUUCAGAGGGUAAGAAUUUAAGACAAAUAGUAAUUCAGUUAUUUCAUUCCUAAAGGAGAGUGGUUAGGUUCUUUCCAUUGUGAAGGAAGAAAUGAAUUAAUAUUUCUGAAACUUAAAGAUGAGUGGAAGAAAGUAAAUACUUGAAAUGUAGGCAGCAUUCAGUUCUAUAAGCAAAUCUUGCUAUCCUUACUAGCCAGAGUUAUACCGAGUAAGAGAUUUGGAGGAGCUUAUUUUUUUCAGCCUUCAGAAAUGAGUGUUAAGGAUUUUAGUACCAAAUAAAAUUGAGUAUAACAGAUUGAAGUGGAGUUGGUAAAAACCUUUUGCCAGAGCGUUAUUACCCUUAACAGUUGUGCCCCAAAUAUAAACUAAUCUUUACGUUUCAGAUGUUCAAUUGGCAAAGGCAACUCACAUUAAAUAAAAUUACUGCUUACUAUUAACUGGGUAAAAUGACCAUUGUUGAAAUAGCAUGAAUGUGGUCGGAGGAGUGUAGUUGAGAGUGAAGUAUUAUGUCUGAGUUACAGAUCCUCUUGAGUUAUAUUGGUUGUAUUGGUAGGUGCAGUGUCUUACCCAGUUUUGUUUCCUCAGUUUUUCUGUGUAUUAUUUAUUAUCUUCAAGCCUUGAGACUCAGAGUUAGUAAGUAAAGUACAGAUAGCAAAAUUCUACUACCUCUUCUUAAUCUCUUUCUUAAAAUAUGUUCUAUCUUUUUAUGUCUCUGACAUAGUAAUCCCAAAGGACUGUUAUUCCCCUGUGAAAGUUACACAAUUUUCUUUAAAAAAAUUUUUUUUUAAUAUAAACUUAGUUAUAGCCUUUUCAGUAUUGAGACUUCUUGGCUUCUGACUCAAACAUCAAGUACAAAAGAAAAAAGAAUAAUUGAGAAUUGUUUUUCCACAUUAGUAUUAGGGUAUCAGGUUCUUGAUGAAACACUAUAAUUAAGUAGUUAUAACUAAAUAACUACUCUUCAGACUUAGGACUCUUAAUACAUUUCUUUAAGACUUGUAAGUAUAAUUGUAAAGCUUAUUACUGUUUAUAUGCUAAAUAAAAGGCUUUCCAAAAUAAGGUUGAAAUUUAGAAUAUACCACAUUAAAGUUUUAUUUAUAUGGCUUUGACAAUUCUAACAAAAAUUAUAGUAACCCUUAAAAUUUUAGCAUAAGGACCUUUUAAAAUUGCAUGAAAUUCAAAGCCCACUAGCAAAAUUAUUAAUUUAAAAGCCCAAAUUAAAUUGCAAAAUUUUAAAUUUAUUUUGACUCUUAUUUAUCAUAUGCUCUAAUGUACUGUACAUAAGUUUCUGUGGCUUAAAUGAUAUGUUAUUACUCAGUAUGUUUUUGUGGUGUGAAUAAUUAAUGUUAUUAUUUGAUUGUUAUACCAUAUGUGCCCAUUAAAAUUCUUUUUAAUUAUAAAAUACUUCAAAUAUAAAGAAAAAUAAGAGUAAUAUAAAUGCCCUGGUACUCUUCACAUACUAUUUUGCCAUAUUUGCUUCUGAUUUUUAAAGAAAUAAAAUGUUACUCUUUCAUACAC